CAAACUACUCUAUCGAUAUUACAAUAUCCGCUGUUUUACAUAUAGAAGUUAAAUUUGUUAAACUGUUAAUCAAUAAUCUCUGAUAUGUUUGUUUGUAGUAACUAGGAAGUAAAAAUUUAAAGUAACUGUAUAAAAUGGCGGACGGAAGUUUAGGAUCAGAUGAAUUUAUAAAUUUUAAAUGUUGUUUAUGUCAAAAGAAACAUAUAACAAAAGAGGCGGAUGUUUAUUGUGUGGAAUGUCAGGAUUAUUAUUGUACACCAUGUACAGAUGUGCACAAAAUGUUUCCUGCAAUGAGCACACAUCAGUUUAUAGACAAGUCAAGUUUUAACAGAGUUAACUUUCCGAAAUCGUUGCCAAGUUUUCCAGUUGAAAGAUGCGAAGCUCAUAAAACCAAGUUGCUAGAUAUGUAUUGUGCUGACCACGAUGAUAUCGCUUGUGCAACCUGCAUAGCCAUAAAACACAGAACAUGUCAACAUAUACAUUCGGUACCAGAUGAAGUUGAUGACUUGUGUAAGGAGAUUGAUGCUGAUAAAACAAAUAUUGAGCUGAUUCGUAUAAAAACUAAACUUGAAGGCGCUGAGAGAGCAAAGAAACGUCUUGUAAAAGAGCUUGAUGCACAGAAGGACAAGGCUGUAGAGUCAAUCAGACAAUUCAGAAAAGAAAUGGAAGGAAUACUGGACACACUUGAAAAGGCGACAUUAAAAUCUUUAGAGGAAAAGUACAAAAAUGGCAAAGAGAAAUUAGAGAAUGAGAUUAAAAACCUACAAAGACAUAUUGAUGAACUCGAACUAUCAUCACAAAAACUAACAAAGUCAGUUGGUAAUAAAGCGCAAGAGUUUGUCGCUGUGAAAACUUCUCGGAAACAAAUCAUGGAAGCUAAUGAAGCAGAAGCAGAGUCUGUGACAAAUUCAUCAGAUGUUAAAGUUAAAUUCAUUGCUGAUUCAACAAUAAAGGAUGCUUUGAAAGACUUCAAGACAUUUGGAUUAAUUUCAGUGAGUAAUACUGAAAAUAAAAGAGACAAAAUGUAUGUUGUGAAAAGGAAGAAACAAGUCAACAUCAAACAUGUAAAUGAUAGGGAGACAUGUUAUAUUUAUGGUUCAUGUUUCACAGAUGAUGGACUAUUAAUUCUAGCUGAUUAUGAGAAUAAAUCAUUAAAGCUUAUUGAUAUGUCUUCAGAAUCCAUAAAACAUCGGUUAGAUUUUGAUGUGCCUCCACAGACAAUUUGUCAAAUAAGCAAAAAAGACUUUGCAGUAAGUUUGGACAAUCAAACCAUUCAAUUUGUUACAAUUGGAGACAAACUUGUUACCACCAAACAACUGAAGCUAGAUCAUUACUGUUAUGGACUGGCCUACAAAGACAACAAAUUAUUCAUUUCUGAUGAAAAUACAGCACUCUACAUUCAUGAUAUGAAUGGCACCAUGUUGCAAAAAACUACAACUGACAAACAAGGCAGUGCAAUUUUCAGUAGCAACAGACAUAUCAGUGUUAGCAGUGAUGGCAAGAUGAUGUAUGUGACUGAUUUAAGUAAAGGUCUGAUUGUUCUUGAUCUUGAGGGAAAUUACAAGACAACAAUUAUUGAUCCGGAUUUUGUUUCCUUACAGGGAGUGUGUACGGACAAACGAGGAAAUAUAUUUGUGUGUGGAAUGGGGCAGUCAAACAUUUUUCAGAUCAAUGAGAAUUCUGGUGAAAAAAAGGGUAUUCUAGGGGAUGUUUGUAAUAGUUUGUCUUGUAGCUUUGACUUGAAACAUAAUAGACUGGUAAUUACCAUUUAUGACAGUAAUACAAUUGAGGUGUAUGAUUUACUGUAAAGCAAUAUACUGACAGCAAUCAAACUAAAUAUGAGUGCACUAUUUUCACUUACUACAUACACAGAUGUUUUAUAACAAAGAAAAACUUCAAAUACUUUUCAUGAAAACAUUUCUAUGGAUUUUUUCUUUCUUUAAAUUUAUCAUUGAAUUUUUUUUUUCAAACAUUAAAUAAUUUUAUAAUAUGCUCUACACUGAUUACUGUGUAAUGUUGCAGUUUGGUAUGCUACAAUAAAGGGGAUAUGCAUGCAUUAUAUUUCACUGCUUAUAUUUUGUGUUAAGGCUUACUUUUUUAUUUAAAAGAAUAAGAGUCAGGUCAUUUUUAACCAAGAACAUUUUUGGUACACACAAAUGCCCCUGGCCCAGAUUCUUGCUAUUAACAUUUUUUUUUUCAAAAACGGUUUACCCAUUCACACAGUUAUUUGACAGAAUAAUUGCCAAAACAAGAACUGUCAUUGGUAACAGACAAAUGCCCCCCACCACAAGCUGGGACAAGUAGAGAAACCAUGACCUUGACUUGCAUCAAAGGUGUGGUUACAAUAAAGAGAGUGUUUUAAUAAUAUAGAAACAUUUACAAAUAUCAUAUCAUAUUCUCAGUAUCAACAACAAAAAAUCUGUGAGUGAAUGACCAAAAUAUGACAAGACACAACCAUCAAUGUAGAAUUUUCACAUUGUAUAACCAUCAUCAUUUUAACAGUCGACCUGGCCUUUGAAUGUGACAAGUUUUACUAAUGUGCAACAGAAGUAUGCCCAGUUAUUUCAAAA